AUGCUGGCGCGGUAUCCGAACGAGCCUUUAGACAAAGAACCGUUUCCGACACCUCUACUCAACGUGGAGGACCUGGCUGAGGGAAAUGUUCUUCCAGAUCUGUUACAAACUCGGUCAGCCAUACAUCCGAAGAUGUUCCUAUCUACAGAUACCCGCCUUGUUGAGCUUGGAUACUGGAUCAAAUCGAUUACGCAAAUGCAAGUUGGGGGAAGAAUAUCGUUUUAUUCCGAAACCGGUAUCGACGAGGAUCAGUACGGGAUACAAUUUGAACCUGACGUCUUCAAGAGGCCACACCUUAUCGAUCCAGCUAUCGGCUUACAUCAACUCAUAGCGCAAAAGAAAACCUACUGUUUUCUCGUCUCGUGUCUUUCGGCUCAGAUAGGGCCUCCUGUCGACCAAAUUACUAGUAUCGGAAGGGACAAACGCGAGAAACCUCACUCGCUUCUGAGUCGCUUUGCGCUGCUACAAUACAAGAGACCAGAUUAUGUAGACUGUGAUUACUUGACAGACGUUUUGACAUCGUCUGCUGAUGAAGCGAUGGACGAUCUAUGGCAGCUUCGGACUGACGCAGAUUAUUGGAAUCUGCGGUUUACGGACAUCGACAGGAACGCUUCGAGGCUCUUGCAUUCUGUCUUUGGACAUAUCGAUCUGUUUCUCACCAAUAGUGAGAAACUCCGUGUUUGUCGGAAUGAUCGCCAGAUGAGGUCCUCUGGUAAUUUGUCCACAAUCCAAUUUUCUUGCGACAAUGGUCAGAUCACAGGCGCAAUAUCCAUGCAUGCUACCCUUCGCUCUAUUCUCAAUGAGAUUACCUCUUCGGUGCGGAGCAAUGCGUGGCUGGGCAGAAAGGCGAAAAAUAAGACAUUACGCUAUCUUUACGGCUUGGUGGAGAAGAGUGACCCUACAAUACGAUUGAUGGGUUUCGAUGCAGUUUUCAGAACAAUUGAGCAGGAGCUUUCGGGUAGCAAACCUGAGGAAACGCCCCCAUUCCCAGUCGCUCAAACGUUCCACGACAUGUCAAUUAUCGCUGCUUGUAUGCAGGAGACUUCCAAACACUUGAGUCGCAUCCUCAACCUGGAUAUAAAAUAUACCACUCUGGCCCACGAUGCCACAUCGGAGUGGCAGGAACGUGAACGACCGUGGGUAUUACCAAUCCAGGGUUUUCUGAAAAUAAUUCAGCGCAAGGGCAAUGAGUUCAAUAAAGAGGCCAGGAACGAGGAUGUUUCCUUGGGAGACCGCCACUGCAAGUUCUGGAAUAGAAUUUAUGAAUGCGUGAGCAACUGGAACAAGACCGAUCCUAUCGUCAGUAUGAUAUUCAGCCAGGCCCCUGACCCGAGUGCAUCCGCACCCACAUCCGCACCAACUGCCUUGGAACUGAGGUGGAGAUCACAAGAUACGAACACCACGCCAACUCAAACAAAAUCGAAAAAGUCGCGAAGAAGGCAAACCCGACAGAAACCCGGACGGAAAAUCUUAGAAUUGGUGCGAACAGUCAGCAUCUCAUUCACUACAGGAGAGCCGCAUCCUCGGCCCUCAAUAGCCAUCACGGCCACCAAGGAUAUAGAGUGCUGGAAUUGGAUACAGAACGAAAAAGGACAGAAGCGAUUUGGGCAGUGGAAGGAGUUUCUUAAACUUAUAGGCUUCGACGUCACACACCAAGCAGGAUCAGGGUAUCGAUGCGUGUACAGGAGCCCCGAGGGAGGAUACCAUACAAUUGUAUACCACGAUUUACACGGGUCGAACGAUAACAAGCUCCCGCAUCAUUCGGCACAAGAAAUGUGGACUGGAAGGCUUGAAAGACAUUUCAACGUCAUUCUGUCAGUAGAGGGAGCGGCAGGUUGA